AUGAAAACUGUUCUUAAAAAUUCUGUAAAGAGAAAACUCAGCAAGAAUGAAAGAGCAUCAACAAAACGUAGGAGAACACAAAAAGAUACACUUAAAAAUUCCAAUCAAACAAACCAAACCACCAACCAAGUUGAAAGCGUCAUGAUUGUUGCAGACGACGACGCUACAAAUGAAACAAAAAAUACCACUGAAGAUGAACGAGAGGAAAGAGAAGAAGACGAGGAGAAGGAAGAGUCCCUUUGUUAG